AUGGGCAGGACCUUCAUCUUCAUGCAUUUUUUUGUCGUUUGCCUCUUCUUCUUUUGUAUAGUAGAGUCUGAGGCAAAGCAACCGCUAGCACCAGCUUUAUACGUAUUUGGAGAUUCAUUUGUUGCAUCUGGCAAUGAUAAUAUUCUAAACACAGAUGCGAAAGCAAAUUAUGCACCUUAUGGCAUAGAUUUUCCAAAUGGAACAACAGGCAGGGUCACAAAUGGCCUUACAUUGGCUGAUUUCUAUGCUCAAUGGCUUGGAUUACAAGUCCCUCCUCCAUACUUGCUUUUCAAUCAGACAGAAAAACACACUGAGGGAUUUAACUAUGCAUCUGGCCCAGCUGGGAUCCGUCCUGAAACUAGCACUGUUGAUCAUGGUGUAUUUUUAAGCAUGGACAAACAAGUUGAGUUGUUUAAGAAGACAGCUCAAGAAUAUUUGCCAACACUUUUUGGUAAUCCAGAUGAGCUCAAAGACUACUUGACAAAGUCUAUUUUUCUUGUUGUGAUUGGCAGAAAUGAUUAUACCCAGAAUUUUCUUUCACCUAAAUACAAUAGUAGCAGCAAGUGGAAUAUGAAACAAUUCGCUGAGAUCAUUGUAGAUGAACUUGGAAGUAAAAUAUUGGAUUUGUAUACGGUAGGAGCUAGAAAGUUUCUAGUGUUUGAGAUUGACGCCAUGGGUUGUGAACCAGCUUUCUAUGAAAAACAAAAGAACAAAUGUUCAGAUAAAUUAACUUCUUAUAUAUCUACUUACAAUCACAAGCUUGAGGUAGAGCUUCAAAUUUUGGCGAAAACUGUUAGAGGCGCAAUAUUCGCUCUGGCAAAGAGGUAUCAAUUAAUGUAUGAUCUGGUGGCAAAUCCUACUCGUUAUGGGCUAAAAGAUUCACUAAACCCAUGUUGUUCUGUUUCACAAUCGGGGCUAUGUGUUCCAAAUCAAGCCCCUUGCCAAGACAGGAAAUCACAAGUCUUUUUCGAUGCAAUUCACCCAACAGAAGCAGUAUACAGUAUUAUUGCAAAUCGAUGUUUUAAUGGUACUGGCCUAUGUGGUUCACUGAACCUCCAAGAACUUGUAAGCAAGUGA